AUGCGGGCUCGUUCCUCCACCGAUUCUGAAGUCAAGGAGAUCAAGAAUCUCAAGUUUCGCUACGUCUGGCCGGUCAAGGUGUCUCUGAGACAGCUCAGUCCAGGCGAGGCUACCAUCCUUCACGUGUCCCCAAAGUUCGCGACAGUCCACGAUCAUGUGUCAUUCCAGUGGACCCUCAAGCUCCAUGGCUCGGCUAAUAUGGAAUGUUUUAUAUUUUUACACCUUCUUUUGGCUUUUUAGGUCAUUUUAUUAACCUCAUGUGAUUCAGAAUAAGCUUAUCGAUAUAUCACGGAUUUGCUAGUAAAAUAUAAUGUUUCAGUUUUUUUACUUGAAAACGAUAAUUUAGGACCGAGAAGAUUACGAUGACACAGAAGACCUGCCAGAAGAAGACCAAGAGUACGUAGCCGUGUCCUUGUAUUAUGUUGAUGGACCAGUCAGUUCUCUGGAGUUGUUAUCGAACAUAGAACUGCUGACUGGUUCACAAAUAUCAGCUGACCGUGACCUUGUCAGGGAAAGUAAGUUAUUUCAAUUUUUCAUAAACAAAAAUUAAAUAUAUAUAGUAAACAACUACAGUAAAACAGUCUAUAAACUAGAAAUCGUAUUAUGUAAGAACUUCAAUCAAAUUGCCCUAUAAGCCCAAGCUGAUUACAGUAACCAAGGUGCAGGCAUGUAGAGGUGAAGAAGUAGAGUUAGCUCCCACGAAUCGACGGAAACUCUCAGCUCUGGUCAAGUCCAAUGUCGGCCAUCUGAUUCGGAUUGCGGUCACGUUGGAGAUGAAGGCAGACUUCUUCAAGACCGAUGCCUAUCUCAAUGCUGUGUCUCCAACACCUUUCCAUUCGUUCUUGACCGCCAACUACCAAGCCAGGGCCAGUAGCAAGGUGUGGAGGAAGAGAAGUCGACAGUCUUUCAAACGGUAAUACUCAAUAUUUAAAUGGAAACUGAUUGUAAAUUAAGAACCGAACACAGUUCAUUAGAUAUGUGCCAAAGAUAAUUUCAAUUAAGUACUCAGAAUAGUUUUAAAGCAUUAAAUUUAAAAUUUUUUUAGGCCCAGAAGCAACUCCGAAGGUCAUCCAGACUGCAAGAAGAUCGACCUGGAGAGGUCCUUCAACAGAGUGAUGGAACGGGAAAGAGUACUGGGGGAAAAAGGAAACUACUAUGCCACUGAUGACAUGUAUGUUAGUCUAAUAUUGUAGUUUAUAAAUAGUUUAUUUACUAAACAAUACAUUAAUUAAAGCCAUUCAUAACGUAUCCAUCUGUCAAGGCUACCUUUUUAGAGGGAAAAAGCGAGAACACUUGUUCAAGAAGCUACUCGUAGAUUGUUGUGAUUCCUGUGAACGAAGAGCUUCUUUGAUUCCGUGUCUUGCUACAGCAGACGAUGAUGAAGACACCACAGAAGAGUCAGAAGCCCCCGAAGAAGAACCUCACGAUCACGGUGAAGAAGAAACCUGCUUCGAGUGUCCAGAAGACGACAAAGCCGAGAUUCACGAUGUAAGUUAUGCUAUAUAAUCAUACAUAUCGAAUAAUAGCUUAUGUUUACGAUACAGCAAGUGGAAAACAAUCCACCAGUAACACUCGUUGACAUCAUUUUUUUGCCAAAAAAAAACUUUUUGUUAACAUCGUGACCUGAAUAAAGCAAUGCCCAUUUAGACCCUGGCCAACAUGUACUUUAACAAAGUAGCGUUGCCCCAGAUGGAGUACAUCGAAGACUUCACGGACUUCUUGAUCGACGCCGAACUCAACGAUCUUCCGGUUCUGAAGCGAGCCUGUGAACGAUACCUAUGCGGAGAGCUGAAUACGGUAGGUUACGGUAUACAAACUACAAGUUUUAAGAAGCGAGACAUCAUGACGUCGUUGUUGUUAGACCUUCUCUUUAUUUCUAUGGUAUUCAGUCUGCCUGUCAUGAAGUGUAUGACACUCACAGAGCUCAGCGAACGCUACACGGAACUGGAGAGUGUAGACAAGUUGCUACAGAAAGACGAGUACAAGUAAGUUACAGUAAUAUAACCAGAUUUAUAUUGUCAAACACACACAAUGUAGAAAAAUGAAUAGUACCAUAAGAAUAUAACCCGAUACGCUAAAGUAGAUUAAAAGUCGAAAAAGUAAAAUGUAGUUAACAACGACAGUGAAACUAAAAUGGUAUUUAAAAUGAUUUGAAUAUACAGUGUCAAAGGUAAAGUAAAUUCAGAAAACUGAACGAACGGAUACAGAGAAUCAGCGACCGUGACCUGCACGACCUCGUGGAUGAGUGUAAGAAGUUCAGAGAACAAAAGAUACGAGUACAACAAGUGGAGGACUAG